AUGUCCUUCAACCGCAACAACGUUACCAUUAGCCAUAAAUUGACUGGGGCCGCCGAAAUUCCUUGCGUGCUCCAAAGCCGCGAGAUGAGAAUCGAUGGCGACGACGUUUUCCUGCUUCCAGGGCCCAAUGUCAAACAUUUGACAAUGGCUCUCGAGGAUGAUCUGAAGAAGACUCUUGCGGGCAUUGAUCACAUCGAGGCUCUUAUGAUUGCGGAGUAUAUGGCGGAAGGAAAUCUUGCAAUGGCCGAGGAGACGAAGGAAACAUACAAAAUCUAUCGUGAGCUUCUCAUCGAAAAGGCGGAGAGAUAUGCGAACGAAUGGAAUAAGGCAUUGCAUGAUGAGUUUCGUGAACUUUUCGGAGGUAUGAAAAUCACCGUCAUGGAUUACUAUGACGAGGACGGGAAUUUGACUCGUAAGGGAGUACCUGACAUUGUUCGAUCGACAGAGGACACAACCACAAUCAAAACUUCGCUGACCGACAGCGAAGAAGAUAAGGAAGAAGAAAAGGUGUCAGAAGCCGAAGAAAUGAAAACGGACUCUGAUGAAGAGCCCUUAAUUCCGUUGGAUUAUUAUCCAGAGCCUCUGAAUCACAUUCUUUCUGGUCAGAGAGUUCGCAUUGCUCGCAAGAGAAAGGCAAAUGAGAUGUCAGAGUCUGGCCCAACUGCAUCGGAAGACGAAUAG